AUGGCGGUGGCGGCCACCCUCUCCCAGAGGAGGCGGGUCAAGCGCAAGGCUCCCCGCGGCUUUCUGCGGCGCGUCUUCAAGCGGCAGAAGCCUCACCUUCAUCUGGGGACCCGGUGCGACUUGCUGGUGCAUCUGAACUGUUUACUGUUUAUUCGUCGCCUGGCAGAAGAGUCCAGGACAGAUGCUUGUAAGAAUAAGUGUGGAAUCAUUAAAGACCAGCAUGUACUGGCUGCAGCAAAGGUAAUGCUAAAGAAGAGCAGAGGUUAG